CGGCAGAGCGCGCGGUCACUGACGUGUGGGCCACCAGCCAUGUCGCCCCGCCUCGCCGCCGCUCUUCCUCUCCCUCCUCCGCUGGCGCCGGCGGCCGCGGCCACGCGGCGGCUCGGCGUCCUCCGACCCCUGAGCGAACCCUCCGCCGCCACUCCCGCCGCCGCCUCCUGCUCUCCGCGCCGCCGCGGCGCUGUGGCAUGCCUCGUGCGCCUCCUGUGCUCGCACCACUCCGCAGCGGCGGCGGUGGAGGAGGCGCGGCGCGGGCGGAAGCAGCUUGGGAUGACGCCGCCGCUAUACGACUACCUCCUCGCCAACGUCCGCGAGCACCCCUUUCAGGUUCUCCGGGAGCUCCGCGAGGAGACGGCUGCCAUGAGGGGAAGUCAGAUGCAGGUUUCUCCUGCACAGGCUCAGCUGUUAGCAAUGCUGGUUCAGAUUCUUGGGGCACAGCGCUGCAUUGAAGUCGGCGUCUUUACUGGUUAUUCAUCAUUAGCUGUAGCACUAGCACUCCCUGAAUCUGGUCGCUUGAUUGCUUGUGAAAGGGAUGAGAGAUGUCUAGAAGUUGCAAAAAAAUACUAUCAACGUGCUGGUGUCGCACACAAGAUUGAUGUGAAACAUGCUUUGGCUGCGGAUUCUCUAAGAUCAUUGCUUGAUUGUGGUGAAGCUUCCAGUUAUGACUUUGCAUUUGUUGAUGCUGAUAAGCGAAUGUACGAGGAGUAUUUUGAGCUUCUACUAAAGCUAGUAAGAGUUGGUGGUUUAAUUGUAAUGGACAAUGUCCUUUGGUAUGGACGGGUUGCUGAUCCUCUGGUUGAUGACCGAAAGACAAUCAGUAUAAGAAACUUCAAUAAGAAAGUUUUGGAGGAUAAGCGUGUCGAUAUCAGCAUGGUGCCUAUUGGGGAUGGGAUGACAAUUUGCCGGAAGCUAGUAGAUACCUGACUUCACAUUGUAUUAUUAUGUAGAUGUUGUAAACUUCUUACCAUGGUCAAGCCCUAAAAAGUCAAGUCAAAGGAUUAUCGGUGAUGAACCUCCUAGCACUGAUCGUAUCCACAAAUGCAGCAUGUAGCCUUCCACCAAAAGUACUAAACACCACGGAGGAAGCAGAUGGGGCAUUAUCUGUCUGUUUCUGCACUGAAAAACAGCAACAUUGGCAUGGCUAUUUUCCUGAAUGGACUCAAGCACGAAUUGCUAUGACGCUUCGUCAAUGUACCACAGUUUUGAUAUUGUGCUUUCUUCUGGAGGACAAGCCAAUGAGACACAUAUCUUUUUCGAGCAGAUGAAGUGUAGUUUUACAUGUAGGUACAGAUCCACAGAAUUUUUACCAGUGGUGUCCCAAAAGAUUGCUUAGGAGGAAUUACUGUAUGAAUGGAUCGACAGCAUUUGAAAUAACAUGUUUAGGCAGGUGGCAGUAAAUUCUCUUUAAAUUGUUGACAAUGUCACUGGAUGGCUUGUAUCUAUUGCUCAGACGAGCUCUUCCAAAUGUUUGGUUAGUGUGGUUU